GAAAAGCACCAGGCAGGAGGCGAGGUCGCUCACUCGGGAGGUACAGGAGGAACCAUCAUGUCGGACCAGUCGGGGUUCGACACGGACGUGUGGACCCUGACCCGGUUCAUCAUCGAGACGGGCCGGCAGGCCAAGGGGGCGACCGGCGAGCUGACCCAGCUCAUCAACGCCAUCCUGACCGCCGUGAAGGCCGUCUCCUCCGCGGUGCGCAAGGCGGGCCUGGCCCACCUGCAGGGCCUGGCGGGCUCCGUCAACGUGACGGGGGACGACGUGAAGAAGCUGGACGUCCUGUCCAACCAGCUGUUCAUCAACAUGCUGCAGGCGUCCUACAGCACGUGCUGCAUGGUGUCCGAGGAGAACCAGGAGCUCAUCGUCACGCCCAGAGACAAGCGGGGGAAGUACGUGGUGUGUUUCGACCCUCUGGACGGAUCCAGUAACAUCGACUGCUUGGCUUCUAUCGGCACCAUAUUUGCCAUCUACAAACGGGUCUCGGAGGGGGAGCCCGCGGAGGAGGACGCCCUGCAGCCGGGGAGCAGAAUCGUGUGCGCGGGCUACACGCUGUACGGCAGCGCCACGCUGGUGGCCCUCAGCACCGGGGCCGGCCUCCACUUCUUCAUGCUGGACCCCGCCGUCGGCGAGUUCAUCCUGACCGAGAAGAACGUGAAGAUCAAGCCGAAGGGGAAGAUCUACAGCAUCAACGAGGGCUACGCCAAGUACCUCCACCCGUCCAUCAACGAGUACCUGAAGCACAAGAAGUACCCGCAGGACGGCAGCGCUCCCUACGGCGCUCGCUACGUGGGCUCCAUGGUCUCAGACGUCCACCGCACCAUCGCCUACGGAGGCAUCUUCAUGUACCCCGCCAACGAGAAGAGCCCCAAGGGGAAGCUGCGUUUGCUGUACGAGUGCAACCCCAUCGCCUUCCUGGUGGAGCAGGCGGGGGGCGUGGCCACCACCGGCACCCAGCGGGUGCUGGACGUCCAGCCCGAGGGCCUCCACCAGCGGGUGCCCUUCGUGGUCGGCUCGCCCGACGACGUCAACGAGUACCUGACCUUCGUCAGGAAGCACCAGUGAGCCGCCGGGGCCCCGCGGACGCGUCCGAGAGGCGUCGUUUCCCCUCGUUUUUUUUUAUUUGCAAUUUACGUUAAAAGGUUUGAGUGGUCAAAUCCGUUGUAAGACCAUUGGACUAUAAUCAAGUUUUUUUUAUUUGUGAUCAUCGUUUCACACAUUUCACUAAACACUUUUAAAACGGAUCUUUUCAAAGUGGACUCAACAGAAGGAUUUCAAAGGUUUCUCGCUUUGUGCGACAUCCUGAAAUCAACCUUUUGAUAAAGUCUUAUUCCACCUUUUUCCUGAAGUUGACCGAAGUUUUCCUGAAGCAGUGCUACAAAAUAUAUGACUAUUUAUCCUCCAAAUCACACGGUUCUAUAUAUUUGUGUCCAUACAUCUAGAUUCCCACUGAGGGAGUUGAGUUCAUCCGUUGCUACGUAGUGAAAUAAAUCAAACCAUGAAUAAAUCU